UGGUGGAGGUUUCAUGUUGGGGGUUGGGCUGGUGAAGAUAAAUCUGAGAAAUACACAGACACUCCAAAGAAAGCAUUCGAGCUUCCGGAAACCUGUUCCACAUGCCCUUCUGUAUCAAAUAUCAUCCACUGUGAAGACCAGGGCAGGGAGAGAGGAGUCAUAGCGCAAAUCAGAGAGAGAGAGAGAGAGGCGGGGGGAGUGCAUACCUGAAAAAGAAGGAAGCAGAGAGUCGAGAGUCCUACGUGAAAGGCCUCCACUUCACACCUGGUCUGCGGUUGGUUUACUGUACACUGGCAGAGUGCUGCCUCUCGGUGCAGCAACAGAACCAUGAGGAGGCAUGGAACAGUUCAGUGAUGUGUUUCAACAGUUGAGCAAUGAGACUAAUACCCAGGUUUCUGAAGAAAGCCAAAGACCCUUAAACCCAAAACCUCAAGUUGUGGCCAGGCCUGGCAGGCACAGGAAGCCCAUGUCUGCUGCACAGCCUCCGAGGAGCAAAGGGGCAUCGCACAGAAAGAUCAUCCUCACCAUCCUCUGUGUUCUGGUCAUUCUGGCUAUUCUGGCUGUGGCUGCAUACUUCAUCCAACAGCUCAUUCAAAGCAAGUUUUUCUUCUGCUCCCAAUCACUGAAGUUCAUCCCACUGGAGCAAGCCUGUGAUGGUAAAUCAGACUGCUCAGGAGCCGAAGAUGAGGCCACGUGUUUGUCCCACUUUUCGUCCAACUAUACUUUCCCUGUUCGACUCUCCUCCAAUCUCUCGGUGCUUCAGAUAUACAGUGCCAGUGACAGGAAGUGGGGGAGUGUGUGUGCAGACGGCUGGACCCAGCAACACACUCAGACAGCAUGUGAACAGCUAGGAUACACUGUUAAUCCUUCUCACCGCACCAUCGUAAUGAAUGAUCUGCCGUCUGACCUGAAGGCUUCUUACUUCGCCGUUGGGUCGGGCAGUGUGCAGGUCAUGCAGUCAAGUUUCUCAGACAAAAAGACAUGCAGUCUGGGUUCAGUAGUUGCCCUGUCCUGCUCAGAUUGUGGUCCUCCGGCUCCUGCGAGCCGCAUCGUAGGAGGGCAUGAUGCACUGAUUGAGAACUGGCCGUGGCAGGUGAGCCUGCAGCAGAACGGGCAGCACACCUGUGGAGGCUCCUUGCUGUCCCCAAAAUGGGUCCUCACAGCAGCCCACUGCUUCACCAGUAGGGGUGAGGUGAGCAGGUGGCGGGUGGUGGCAGGUAAAACAUACCUGAGCUCUCUGGGAGGAUCUAGUGUGGAAAAGAUUAUAGUAAAUGCAGACUACGUUGCAGCACGCAACGACUACGACCUGGCCAUGAUGAAGCUCAGCAGCCCACUCAGUGUUGGAGCUUCUGUGAAGCCAGUGUGUCUGCCGCCUCGGAACCUGGGCCUGACUGGAGGAGCUCCUCUGGUGGUGACUGGCUGGGGUCAUCUGCAGGAAAAUGGGCAGUUAUCUUCUAAUCUACAGAAAGCAGAUAUUCUCCUCAUAGACCAGGCGCGUUGUUCCAGUCCUGUAGUUUAUGGUGCCAGCAUCACCUCCAGGAUGUUCUGUGCUGGGUACCUGGAAGGCAAAGUGGACGCAUGCCAGGGGGACAGUGGUGGUCCAUUGGUGUAUUAUGACAGGCGCUGGAUGCUGGUUGGGGUGGUCAGCUGGGGCGUGGGCUGUGCCAGAGAGGACCGGCCUGGUGUUUACAGUAAUGUGGAACAGAUGAUGAACUGGGUAUACACAGUCAUGGAGAAGUCCUGAGCUCAUCCUGCAAGCAGGCGACUCUGAGGAGAACUCUCACAUUACUUCAACGCAGUGCAAUAUUUACAAUCACUUACCACCAUUGCAACACAGCGUGUGCAAUCUGUUGUUCUCAGUACUCAACGAGGACAUGCGUAAUUGUAUGUAUAGAACAGAGGUAAAUGCUUUUUUGAAUCAGUGCAUUUCAUUUUCUAUAUACUCAGGGAUCGUUUAAGCUAAUAUAUAUGUAUUUUACACACAAACACACUCUCUCUCUCUCUCACACACACACACACACACACUGUCAUAGAGGCACCAAAGAAGCCAAUUUUUAAUAGCCCAAAGUGAAUGACUUUUUGGUGCCAUUGUAAAAUCUGUAUCAGGGGUUCUUCUAGACACAAUCCUUUGGGAGUCGUGAGGGUGAUGCUACAAUGUGUAACUUCACUCUUCGUCUAACUGCACUCUGAUGAGCUUCAAGAGUUCCAGUUACACACAGUAAAGCAUCACCCUUACUGUUUUAUGUCAAGAUCUCUUUGGGUUGGAGACCCCCAGGUUAAGAUCCUCUGCUCUAGAGAUGUUUUUAACCUGUACUUCAGCCCCCCAGUGGUGCUUGGCCUGGUGUAGUACAGUCAUGUGACUGAUAAAGCUAGCAGGUAGAUUUGCAAGAUAGUUAUAUCAAUAUUAUUGUAAAUCUGAGUGAAAGAUUCUGUCUUUUUGGAUGAAUGAUGUACAAUGUACAGAAAAUGUACACUUAAUUUUAAAUGGUUGAUUUAUGUAGGUUGUGGAAUAUUUUGUGACGGGUUAAAUUAGCUGCGAGAUGCAAAGGUUUGGGCAACGGAAGAAGCUGAGGAGUCAAACUGGGUUAAUUCUGGGCCACAGCACAGCUAGAGCAGCCUUCAUUAAAUGUGAAUCUCAGAAUCUCUGUAUCACUUUACGAUAAGGCAAUUGUAGGCACUGUAUCAUGAAAAUAUCAUAUUGUGAUGCCCUGUGAUUUAAAACUCUAGGUAUUACUUUUGUAAGUACUGUAAUUUGUGACCCUUAUUGUAAAGUGUUACCAGAAUCUCUGCAUAUCAGUGACUCGUAACUAAACCCAGUUUGAUAACUCUAAAAAGUGACUUUUUAUCAAUGCCAUUGCACAUUCAUUGCACCAAAAACUUUUUGUAACAUUGUGUAUUGUGUAUAUAUAUGAGCUAUGGAUCUUCAAUUGAUUGUCUCAGUUGAAUGUCUCUGGUCGUCUGAGUUUUUUUUGUUUGUUUGUUCUUUGUUUUGUAUUUGCAUUUUUGUGAAGUACUUGGUAAUGUGCAGUAGUGGAUUAUGUGCAGGGAUUAUGUUGUCACUAAGACAAACUCAUAUCUCUGUCUUGGGUGGGUAAUCCACAUCCAUACAAUAAAAAUCCAUCCUAAGUUUUUUUUUUUUUUAGCAACUUUCUGUGUGGCUUUCAACAUCUCGCAUCUCAUCUGGUCGCAGUGGGGAUGCAUUUUAGUAAAAAGGUGUAAACAAACUAUCUGGGUGGUGGUUAAAGUAAUUUGAAAUUAAGUGUGCAGUCAGGAGUGUAAAUAUGGUUAGUGCACAUUUUAACACAAAUUAACAGCCAAACUAACCUACGUUAUUCAACACAUGACUUUAAAAAUGCUGAAGAACACAAAUAACAAAAGGGCUAGGCCUUUUUGUAUGAUGGGUGGACACAUUUUCUGUGUUGAUGGGUUUUUAAAGAUUUGUUUGCACAGUUAAUGUUUGUUAACUGUUUGUUAAUUUAAAGCAAUGUUUGCUUAUUCUUGUAAUGUUCAUAACUCUGCAUCUUUUCAUUUGUAUGUUUAAAUACGUGUAUGUGUGCGCUUAAUGGUUCAAAUUAAAGUGAAGCUGUUUUUAACUCUCCUGUAAAGUUUUUUUUUUUUUUCAUGAGCAUUGUUCUGCUCUUAAGUCUUAUAUUUCUGCAGUGUUUAAAAUUGCAUGUUAAUGUAAAACUGAAAUUGAGUUGUGAUUAAAUUAUUGUUGUAAAUACUGUAAACAUUAAAUCAUACAGUUUGUGGGAGUAAUGUUUUUUGGUGUUUUUUUUUUUUUUUUUUAAUAAACACUGUUCAAACGUAUUCAUGUAACAGCACACUCUGAUUUCUAAGUGCAGAGAAAUGUUUAAAAGCCUGAUUAAUAAAUCUGACAAAGAGAGCCGUAAUUUA